CUGCAGCCCCGCCCAGCAUGGCGGCCCCACCAGACCCCCAGUUUGUCCUCCGGGGCACCCAGUCGGCGGUGCAUGCGCUGCAUUUCUGGGGAGGAGCCCAGGAGCAGGGGCACCAGCUUCUCCUCUCAGGGUCCCUGAGUGGGCUGGUGCACAUCUGGAGCCUGCAGACACGGAGGGCGAUCGCCACCCUGGACGGGCACGGGGGUCAGUGUGUGAUCUGGCUGCAGACACUGCCCCAGGGACAGCAGCUCCUCAGUCAGGGCCGAGACCUGAAGCUGUGCCUGUGGGACCUGGCGGAGGGCAGAAACGCCGUCGUGGACUCCGUGGGCCUGGAGAGCGUGGGCUUCUGCAGGGGCUCCAUCCUGGCCCGGGGCCAGCAGCGCUGGAUGCUGGCUGUGCCUGGGGGAGGCAGCGACGAGAUUCAGAUUCUGGAGAUGCCAUCCAAGACGUCAGUGUGCACCCUGAAGCCAGAGGCAGAUGCCAAGCCAGGCAUGCCCAUGUGCCUGGAGCUGUGGCAGACUGACUCCAGCCCCCGCCCGUGCCUCCUGGCUGGCUAUGAGGAUGGAUCGGUGGCCCUGUGGGAUGUCUCGGAGCGGAAGGUGUGCAGCCGAAUCGCCUGCCACACAGAGCCCGUCAUGGGCCUUGACUUUGACUCCCAGAAGGCCAGGGGCGUCUCGGGCUCCGCGGAGAAGGCGCUGGCUGUCUGGAGCCUGGAUGAGCAGCAGGCCCUGCAGGUGCGAGGGAAGCAUGAACUCACCAAUCCUGGGAUCUCUGACGUCAAGAUCCGGCCUGACCGAAAGAUCCUGGCCACUGCGGGCUGGGACCAUCGGGUUCGCGUGUUUCACUGGCGGACGCUGAAGCCACUGGCCGUGCUGGCCUUCCACAGCGCUGUGGUCCACUGCGUGGCCUUCGCCGCAGAUGGCCUGCUGGCCGCGGGGUCCAGGGACCAUCGCAUCAGCAUCUGGUCGCUCUACCCACGCUCGUGACUUGCCCGCUCCCUGUUCUGGGCACACGGAGGACAGAGAGGUGGCGCCCACACUUAGGCCUGACCCAGGCACGUGGAAGCCAUGCUCAGGGCCCCUGUGGACAGCAGGUCACCGCUUCGCCUCCUCCGGUCUCGAGAAGAGCUUGGUCCGUGGAGUCCUCGCUUUUUGCACGCGGCUUGUUUCCUCCUGUGAAAUAGGGCAUCUGUGCAGCCGUGACUCCGCAGUUUACAGGGUAACUGGGCCGACACCUGGGCACGCGUCACCUGGGUAAGAGGCCCUGGGGGUGCUUUACAGUAAACUUAAAGUUGCAAACCUGCAGGCUCGAGGUACGAAUUCUCCAAGGCAACCCCCCUUCCCCCUCAGGGUCAUAGCGAAGACCCUCCACCUGGCUGGCUGGUCAGCCUGUAUCCAGCAGGGGACACUGAGUGUGGUCCCCAGGACCUGCCGACUCCACGGGGCGCCUCACCCCAAGGACAGCCGGGAGCUCUGACGCACAGUCCGAGGCCAGGGCAGUAGAAGGAAGUGACUAAGGAGGCCAGGCAGAAAGAGGGCGCUGAGCGGGCGGCGAAGGCAACUGGGCAGAGAGAGCCCACUGGGGCAGGCCAACGCAGGAUUAGUGGGAGGAAGGGCCGCCCAAAGAGAGUGAGACGAAGGGUGGCUCCGGCCAUGUCCGGGGCGGUUUUGGGGCGGGAAGCACAGGAGCAUAUGUAACAGGCCAGGCCCCCGGCAGCCCAGGCACAGUCACAGCCUGCACCACACACCCAGGGCAGCUGGGAGUUAGCAGCCCCAUCAGGCAUUGCACCCAGAGCCUCCUCACAUAUGUGGCCGGGCCCCACGUCAGGGAGUCUUCUCUUAAAGCUGAAUCAAUGAUAAGGAAGAAGUAGGAUCCUUCAAAGGGGGUAGGAGCUACGGCAGAUCCCGGGGAAGCCGGCGGUCUCAGACCCCUUUGUUCUGCCGGCUUCUUUGCCAGAAGAGCCCCCUCUGGGCCCUCCCUGAGGAGGUCAGCCCUCCUUUACCUGAAACACCUAGAUUGGCCUCCCAUAGGCAGGGGCCUUGUGGGACACUCAGCAUCCUCAGCCCUGCCCCACUUUGCUUAUAACCAGACGCAGGCCCCAAGGGUGAGGAGCCAAGUGUGACCCGUGAGGAGGUGGCUCUGCUCCAGAGAGCUGCGCGGUCCUCCCAGCUCUGCAGGCGGAGAUCUGGAGCACAUGUGUGGGGCCCAGGUGGCAGGAAUAUGAGAUGCAUCAGGCGAGUCCACUGAACAGGUCCACUGACAGGAUCUGCGCUCGAUGCCGCAGCGCCGGGAAUCAGAAAGGCCUGAGGUCUCGUGGGUCAUUUGAAACAUGGACCACAGGCAGGCACAUAAGUAGGACUGAAAGGCCAGACCGCCCUGGGGGACGCAGAGGGGGGAUCUGAGGGCUUAGGGAGAUGAGGGUGUUUAGGCGACUUGCCAACUCACCCACUGCUGGAGGGUCCAGAGGGCGCGCCUGUCCCGCGACCGUGGGGACCACAUCAGUGAGGGCCUGGCCCCCUUGAAGAACUGCAUGCCCUUCUCCACGGGUCAGAAACUACAGUGGGAGCUGCUGCCACAGAGCAGGGAUCUCUAAAUGCAGGGGUUUCCUGGGGUGGCAGGGCUGUUGGUGACACUCAGGUGCUAAAGGCAGGGUGGGCCUGGCUGUCAUGGUGCCUGGUGGGGGCGCAGCCCCAGUCAGCAAUCUGACGCACAGGGGCACAGGCACGGGCUGGUGAUCGUGGUCCCUGGAAGUGAAUGGAGGGUCAGCCUGCUAAAGUCCGACUUGGUCCAUGUGAGCAGAAGGGUUGUUUCUAGGAAACGACAUCGGACCUGGGCUACCAAAACAGAGGCCGGGCCCCUCGAUCACAGACCCAGGCCCCUUGAGGAAAGACCCCCCUGCACUGCCGACAGUAGGUACUGCCAUCUCCGCCCAGCCUCCCCCAGGGCCUCUGGCCACCGCCCAGGAGCUGAGCACCGUCCCGGGGAGGCAGCCCUGGUCCUGAGCUAUGGAUCUCCCAGUGCAGGGACUGGCCUCCCACGCUGGCCCUGUUGGGAGACCUCUGGCACCUUAGGGAGGGACCACAUAGGCCCGAGUGUCCUGUAGCCAGGCUACUGGGAUGUUGGGGACACUUCCAGAGGGAUUUCCACAGCAGGAAUGUCAGUGAGGAGUAGCUGUUUGGGCUGCAACGUGAGCCUCAUGAGACGUGAGGGAAGCUGCUGGGUGAGCUGUGCUCUCGGGGCUCCUCCAGGGAGCUGCCAGGUCAGAGAUCGAGGGUGACCUCACCAAGCCGCAGCCUGGCCACGGCUCCCGCAGGAGGCCACGCGCUGGGGCAGCAGCCGGAGUCUGUGAGCCACCUCGGAACUUCUGUCAAUUUGUCUCAUCUCUGGAGGCACCGCCGGCCACACGGCCGAAGGCAGCAGGGAGCCAGGUUGUGGGUUCAUUUCAGCAUGAACCUCUGCUGGUCCUGCCCACGGCCGGGCUCGCGAGUCUCGUACACCUCCCUGACCUCCAGCAAAGCUUCCACGCCAUUUCCAGAGGCGCUGGCCGCCAUGGGCUACUGCCAAAUAGCACAGAACUGUCAGUCGGGGCUCCAAACCCCCCUGGCCUCGCGGAAGCAAAGCCGUGAACACAGGCAAAGGGCAAGCGGCAACAUCCCUCCUAGGGUGCUGGGGAGAUACCGCCACAAGGGAGGGGCACCUCGUCAGUAUCCUGCGUCCCUCCACAGCCCUGCUCGAACCCACUGCUGUGCUGGGCACCCCUGUGGCCGUCCCGCCUCAGCUUGGACUCCAAGGCGCCGGGCACUGGGCUGGGCACUCCGGAGGCUGUGAAACUGGUCCCGGCGGAGGGACUGUGCCCCGGCCCCGGUUGAAGUCCAUGUCGCCAGCUCCUCAAGAAUCUCGACGCUGUCCUUUGUCAGGAUCACAGAGGUACCAUGGGGGUGUGUCACGGACAAGGGACGGACUGCAGGUCCGCGUGCGGUGCUUCCACAGACAGUGCUGGGGGAGCGGUGCGUGUCGACUGCCAGCACCCCACGCCCAGAGGUGGUGAAGAGUGGGUGUUGGUGACGCAGACCCCAUGUCCGUACCUGGCCCUUGCCUUCGUGCUGAAGACAUAAGCAGAGGCACAGAGCAUCCCCGGCAGCUGGUGAGCAGUGUCCCGGGGACAUCUUGUGGCCAAGCUCAGGGUAUGGGGACCGAGCCAGGCUGUGACGGCCCCCGCGAGCUAACUGCCUGAUGUGGCCUCGGCCGUGCAGAGCGGGGCCUGUGCCGGGCCUGGGUGGAUAAGGGAGCAGGUUCCUCAGCCUCCGAGGCUUAAUGGAUGGCUGAGAAGUUUGUUUACUCAGCUGAGCUGCCUAGAACAGCAGUGACACCAACUUACUAGAAACAUGGGUGUCCGCAGCAGCGGGGCCCUCCGGGUGGUCCUCGGGGUUCCUCCUCUGCACCCCCGAUGGGACCCGCGUCUUUGCGCAGCACGGCCUCUGCAUCAACAGGACCUGGGGCAUCAGCAAGUCGCCACGAAUCUCCCACGCCAUGAGGCACGGGCCUUGUUCCAGACACCCAGCAGCGGGAGGAUGCUUCACGUCUGCAAAGCUUCAGAUUAUCCUGGUCGAGUCCCCAGGCCCGAGGCUUUCCUCAAACCUGACCUGGUGCCGGGAGCCAGCUGAGCUCCGGGGCCAGGGGUGCAGGGGCCCUGCCAUCUGCCCGCAGCUGUGUGGCCCCAGUGGAAGGGCUUUGGCCAGUUUCCCUGACCGUCCAGGGUGCGCUGCAGAGGGGGCACAGGCUGUCCCUGCGUCUCCCGUGGGACAGGCAGGUGCUCUGCAGGAGGAGCCUGCGCAGCGCCAGGUGGCUCCUUGCGGGAGGCCCCGGGCUCUCAGUCAGUCCCUUCAGUGUUGACUUUGGGCCUCUACGUCUGGGAUGGCUUCUUUUUUUCCUUUACAUGAAUGUUCAUAGCAGCUUUCAAAACUAGAAACUGCGCACAUGAAUGGAGAUGCAGACUGAGGCCUGUCCAUACCAUGGAGUCCCGCCAGCCAUAGAGAGGCACCGGCUGGGCCCCGUGGAUCAGGGUGGAAGGUGCAGCAGUGGGCAGUCCGAGGAGGCCAUCGAGGGCCAGAAAGCUACCAGCCCCAUCUCCCCAGGCUCUUCAGGGUGUCUGCCCAGGAGGGGUUACCUGAGGCGCCUCUGGGCCCUCCGGCCUCCACCCCAGGCCGUGUGGGAAGCCCACUCCUGGUCACACGCCUGGAGGCUGGCAGCGCCGGUGCAUUUGCUCACAGGCGGCGUCUGCCUGACCCCAGGGGUGGCUGGGGCGGGGCGGAGGGCCGGCGGGCAGUGGCAUCCAGCCCCCUCUGGCCCCGCAGCGCCCACGUGCCUUUGUGUCAGGCGUUUCCAGCAGGACCCUCCCUGGGUCCAGCACACCCAGCCACGUCUGCCUGCGGCAUCUCGGGGGCUUUGCAAAACCAGCCCCAUGAUUUUCUCCCUGGUUCCCAAGUGCCUUUUCUGGCUACGUUAGCUGUUAACUGAGCAACCUUCUUUGGGACUUAAAUUUAAGCCCUGUUCCAUUCGGGAGUCCUUUUAAUUUUACAUCGUCCGCAGCGGCUAACCGUGACGAUUCUGUGCCACAGACAUCGAUGCUAUUUUCCCCGAGGUCAGCCACUUCCUGUGAGCUGGCAGGACCUGGAAGAAGGCUGCCCAAAGGUACCAAGUGAAGAAAACGGCUGCGCAGAGGCCCAAGUUUCCCAGGACAAGCACGAGGGGACACGUUGGACAGGCAUCGCUCAUCGCAUGUCCUUGGGUGCCCUUGCACCCUCAGCAAGACGUUUUCCAGUCCAACCAACCCAUCAGCUGAGAGAUGCAGAGUUUGUUCACCUGCCUUCCAGUAUUCUUCAUUAACAUCCUUUUAGGUCGUGUGAGGCUGCUCAUAACCAGAGAAAACUUGCAUUUGGAGAUAGCGAUAGAUGCCUCUCCUGUGCGGUUCCAGCUCUGGUCAGCGUGUCCUGCUGUCCUGUUCUGUCCUUACUGCAGUGUGGGCACAGUGUGGCCGGGUCUCUGCUCAGGGCCUUACAGGCUGCAGUCAGGCGUCAGCGGGGUAGGCACCUCUUUAGCCCUCAUGGUCAUCGGCAGAAUCCAGAGCCCUGUGUUGUAGGACGGAGGCCUUGGCUCCUGGAGGCUGCCCAGCCGCUUCAUGCCAUAGGAGUGACCUUUCAUGGCCCGUAUGGGAUCCAGUGUCCUACCACGAAGUCAGGGCAAGGGGCCCUUCUGGUCACAGGACCACCAGGGCUGCAGCGGGUACCUGUCCAGCCCACCUCCUCUGGAUGGCAGGCAGCUGUGUAGGGAGAUGAGAAGGCCCGGAGGUCCUGGCCAGCACAGGCAGGUGAGUGGCCAGCCUGGUGAGAGAGUGCAUCAGAGGAACCUGCUGCCCACCCUCUUCCGCCUCGUGGCCGCCCUGUGAGGGGGUCCCACAGUCAUCCUCCCCAGCAGGUGCACAGCACUCACGCAUCCCACAGCCGGUUGGGUUCUUCUCAGACAAGCAGGAGGCUGACGGCGGAGCAGGCUGUGACCAGGGACACCGCCCGAGGCCUUCAGCAUUCACCACCUUUUCCUGCGCUUCCCGCGUUUCACAGAUGGGAUCAUGUCAGAAAGCCGUGUGCUCUGGAGACAUGCAGGCCAGCCUGUGUGUGGUGGUGGGUGACCCGGGGAGCUGGGUGCUGAGGAUGACCCCGGGAAGGGCCUGCGGGGUGCAGCAGCCCGGGAUCCCUCGCUGCGCUGGCUCGGCAGCCUGGCUUUGUGCUGACGUGCGGUGCGUGUCUUUACACUCCUGAGUGAGUGAUGUUCAAUCAGGUGUUUCCCACCUGUGUCUCUGCCAAGAAGCCACAGAACACCCUCCGCACAAAAGGACUGUUUGCACAAAGAAAAACAUUCCUUCAGGGGGUUCUUUAGAAACGCUUGAUACUCAACUAGCUAUAACUUCAUGGGAAAGCCUGGUGUUAAAGACAAGCUGGCACGGGAGAGACCUUGACUCUGAGCUUGCCGUGCACCUGUGCGCCGGUGCAGACAGGCCGCCUCCCCUCCUGCAGCCCCACAUGCAGCCUGCACCCCCUCUCCUGCUCAGCUCCGCCUGUGCUCUGGUUUUCAUAUGUGUCGGGGCCAGCUCAGCCCGGCCUAGACUCUGCCUCCCCAGCCCAGAGAGCAGCCGCACAGCCCUCACGCCAGCGUGUCCAGGAGGCCCAUUAGGAGCCCGGGAGGAAGGAAGCACCUGGCCGGAUGGAGCUGAGCAAAUGCAGAGGGCGAGGCAACUGCAGCUGAACGGGGCAGACACACACCUGACCCACCCAGACAGACGCCCGCCAAAGGAAGUUCCAAAACCUGCUUGGGAGUCCACGCGGAAAAGCAUCUGCGUGGGAGAUACCACCACAUGCCGUAGGCGGCGGGCACGCCCACACGGUGUGCUCAACUGAAGAAAUGUCGUAAGCGCUCACGGCUUGCACCCAGCUGGGGCUCAGAGACCCUCGGGGCAGGUCAGGGAAGUACGCCCUGCAUGUCAGCCGUCAUACUUGCUCCAUGGCGUGUGGGACCUCGGACCCACAGAGCCAGAAGUACUCACUGCCUGGCCCUUCGCAGGAAAGCGUGUUGGCCCCUGCCUUAAAGGGCAGCUGCUUCCGGGGCACGGGCAGAGGUGGGGAAUCGCUGCUGCCACAAAGCCAGGAUGUGUUCAGAGGUGCCAGAAGCAGCACUGAGGGUCAAGGGGCCUCCCGCACAGGCCUGGGACGCAUGAGGCAUCAAGAUGACAGUCACCGUCGUCGGUUCCGACAGGCGAGACUCUCAGAAUCCAAGAAUUCUCAUUGACGCUCAAAGAAGAAGUUACCAAAAAGCAUACCAGGAAGGAAGGUAUUGUGAUAAGGCCCAAUGUGCCUGGAGGCUGCUAUGGUCUGAAUGUUUGUGUUCCCCCAAAUCCAUAGGAAACCUGACUGCCCCCUCCCCCCCCCCCAGGAAAUGGUAGUAAGAGGUGGGGCCAUUGGGAGAAGCUUGGGUCAUGAGGGUGGAGCCCUCAUGAAUGGAUUAGUGCCCCUAUAACAGGGAUUCCAGAGCGAUUCCUUACUCCUUCCACCAUCUGAGGACACGGAGAGAAGACGGCCAUCUAUGAGCCAGGAAGCAGGCCCUCACCCAACACGGAAUCAGCCUUGAACUGGGACUCCCAGCCUCCAGAACCGUGAGAAGUGAAUUUCUGUUGUUCAUAAGCCACCAGCCUGGUAUUUUGUUAGAGCAGCCUGAGCAGACUGAGACAAGAUGCUUACAUUUUUAUUGUUUAAUUUAUUUUUUAAAUUUAUUUUUUUAUUGAGGUAACAUUGAUUUAUAGGAUUAUAUAACUUUCAGGUGUGCGCCAUUAUGAUCGACAUCUGAAUGUACUCCAUCAUGCCCACCACGAAAGUCUAGUUUCCAUCUGUCGCCUUACAAUUGAGCCCCUGUACCCAUCUCACCCGCCUUGCUUUUUGAAGAUGUGGCAUGGUAGGUAAUCUAGUCGUUUGCUCUCAUCCUGUUGUAGUUUAUCCAUUGCUGCGUCAGUAACCAGCCCAAACUUAGCCUCUGUGCACGUAGAGCCCAUGGGUCAGCAAUCUGGAGGGGCUCCCUGGACUGUGGGGCCCCGAGAGGGCGGGGCACGGGGAGUACGUCGAUGGGAGCCCCUCAAUCAAGAAUGAGUGAGCACAGACAUCUGAGACUCCAGAGCUUGGGGAACGGGCCGGGGCAGCGACCGUGCACCCGGUCCUCCUGCCAUUAGCAGGUGGGAGUGUCCAGCCACCCCCUCCCUCGGGCCACAUACACGCAGGCCCCACUCAGCCCUGCUGGCUGUGAUAAAAUGCUCACUGGGAAGGUUGCUCAUCUAACACACCAGGGUCUUAUCUCCAAAUAACAGGACAUCGGGUCAGGACUUCGCACCUACAGGAAACUUAGCGAAUCCCUCAUCUCAGGGAGAGAAGCCAAGGGUCAGGAACUGAAAAUAAAUAUGGAAGACGGGGCUGUAGUGAAGAGUUCCUCCAUCUGUAGGAAAGUUUUGUUAUAAAGAGAGGCUUAACCUGAAGCCGGACGGGCCAGCCUCACUCACGGGCAGCACCAGGCCCUCCUGAGGUGCCUGGCCCAGAGCUGAGUUUCCAACGACCUGGUUGGCAGGUCGAGCCCUGUGGGUGCUGAGAACACACCUAAGAAAGAGUGGGUGUCCGUGUUCCCCUUUGAGAACCGCUUCUCAGACUGUGUGUGUGUGUCUUUCCUAAGAUGUUCAGACAUUUUUAGAAGUGAUAUGUUAGGCUUGUCGUUUUUGUUAAAUAUUUAGAAGUGUUUUUGAUAAAUCUGCAACCAAUGUUUAAACGUUGGGGUAAUUUUACUUUGUUAUAGCCAUAAAUUUUGAUUUAUCAACUGA